AUGUGGCGGUGCGGGCCAAUCCCGGACGGGUCCCGCGUCCCCGCUAGCCAGGCUCGCUUCUCCCCUUUAGAUAGCCGACCAGCCUGCGUCCUGGACUGCUCAGUGGAGGAGGAAGAGGAGGAGGAAGACUACGAGGAGGAAGACGAGGACGACGAGGACGACGAGGAGGUUGAAGAUGGGGAGAAAGCAGAGGCUGAGGAGGAUGAGGAUGUGCCGGGGCUUCGAGGGCAAGGACUCGGACGGCAGCGGCGGCGGCUGCAGCGAAGGCGUCGGGGGCCCUCGAAGCCGGAGACCCCGGAGUACCGAGGUGGCGGGGGCAUCCCGGCGCCGGCCCCGGGCCCCGAGGGCUCCCAGUCGCCGCGGCCCCUCAAGCGCAGGCGGCCCCCAGAAGGCAGCAGCUGCGCUAAGCCCCGCCGGGCACGCACAGCCUUCACCUACGAGCAGCUAGUGGCUCUGGAGAACAAGUUCAGGGCCACGCGCUACCUGUCAGUCUGCGAGCGACUCAACCUGGCGCUGGCGCUCAGCCUCACAGAGACGCAGGUGAAGAUUUGGUUCCAGAACCGCCGCACCAAGUGGAAGAAACAGAACCCGGGCGCCGACGGGCCAGCUGCGCUGCCCGCCCCACCGGGAGCCGCGGGAGCACCGGGAGCCGCAGUCCAGCCUCCAGGCCGCAGCCCCAGCCCGCCGGGCCCCAGCGCCCUGCACUUCCAGACGUUCCCUCCCUAUUCCUCGGCCAACGUCCUCUUCCCGGCCGCCGCCUCCUUUCCCCUGACGGCGGCCGCGGCCGCGGCUGGGGGAUCCUUUGCCCCCUUCCUUGGCUCCACCUACUUGAGCCCUUUCUAUGCCCCACACCUCUAA